CCCUGCGUAUUUUUUUCGAACCGGUUCGAAAGCGCGCGACUUUUCCUUCCUUUCCCUUCUUUGAUCUUUCUUUUUUGUUUUUUUGUUUUUCUUUUUCUUUUGAUGUAAAUCCCCUUUAGAUCGCGCGGACACUCCGGGACUGAUCUCUGAUUCCAGAGGAUGCACAGCGUGUUAGUGUUAGAGACGCGCACUCCUCCAGCUCCCGCUCCUGCUCCUCAUCUUGCGCACGGAUUUAAAUGAAAUAUUUAUAUAUGAAGGAUAUAUACAUAUAUAUAACCUGGCAAGUUAAGGACUUCGUUCUCGCUUAAGAUUUUGUGAAGAGGGGAAUUAAAAGCAAUGCCUGCAUGCGUGCUGGCUGUGUAUUCUCUGGGAGGAGGAUCGGUGAGCGCUGUUCGGUCUCCGUGACCCACCACCACUAUCACCACCACUGGGACGCUUUGUCUACUGUACGGUGCUGUGAGAAUUAACAUUACUAUCAUUUUCUGCACAAAGCAAUUGGAGCAAACACAUUCUUUUCAUAUCUGACCUGGAGGAAAAUAACCCUGACAUUUCAUCAUAGGAGCUCCUAAAGACUUUGUAAAGGUGUGAAAAAAAAAAAGUGGUGCGAGCUGUUCAUCUCCAACAGCUGGAUAUAAUAAUACUUAUUAUUAUUAUUGUUGUUGGGAGCUAAAAGAGAAAGGGAGAGAGAGAGAGACAGAUGUGCUGAGGGAUAUCAAGGCAUGCCAUCAGGACGACUGUGAGAUUAAAUCCUGGUGAAUUUGGAGGGAUUUUGCCAGGAGUUUGGGUUGGCACACGUGUAGCAGGGCAGCCCGGAGUUCCCGAGCAUCAUGGGCUGCUGCAGUGGUCGGUGCACACUGGCCUUCAUCUGCGGCAUGCAGCUGAUCAGCAUUUUGGAACGACAAAUAUUUGACUUUCUUGGUUACCAGUGGGCGCCGAUCCUCACGAACUUCAUCCACAUCAUCACGGUGAUCCUGGGCCUGUUUGGGACGGUGCAGUUCAGGCCGCGAUAUGUCACCGGGUAUGCAGUCUGGCUGGUGCUCUGGAUCACCUGGAACGUCUUUGUCAUCUGCUUUUACCUGGAAGUGGGUGACCUUUCCAAGGACACAGAUCUGUUCAUGACCUUUAAUAUUUCCAUGCAUCGCUCAUGGUGGAUGGAGAACGGCCCUGGAUGCAGGGUGACCCCCGUGACCCCUCCACCCUCCUGGGCUCCCGAAGAUCACCGCUACAUCAGCAUAGCUGGCUGCGUGCUGGAGUACCAGUAUGUGGAGGUGGCUCACAGUUCCCUGCAGAUCAUCCUGGCUUUGGCUGGGUUCAUCUACGCCUGUUAUGUGGUGAAACUCAUUUCAGAAGAGGAAGACAGCUUCGACUUUAUAGGUGGCUUCGACUCAUACGGGUACCAAGGACCACAGAAGACGUCUCAUUUGCAACUACAACCAAUGUAUAUGUCAAAGUAACAAGGACAACCUGCCUUAUGAACCAAUCAAACGAUGAACUGCUGUGUCACCCUUUCGUCUUUUUACGUAAAUGUCUUAAUAUGAUAGUGUCUUAAGAACUACUAGAUGAACGCGAGAUGCUGCACGUCUACCAGUCAACAACUGGGCAUAACUAGACAGAAGGCACUAGAUUUUUCUGCCGUUUUCAAUCUGGUGCUUCGUGUCCGGUCUGGCUGGUUUAAUCAGGAACAACAGCGCCAUCCUGUGGACAAGACAAGACGCUCGGUUCUUCCUUUGACGGCAGAAACACGGACGGACACAGGGGUUAUAUAUAUAUAUAUAUAUAAAAAAAAAGAGCGAGCCUCCUGAGACAUUCAUCUCUGUGGACAUCAGCACCGGGGAUGAGACCUGACGUCGGAAGGGCGCUGCGUUCCCAUAGACGCCGUUACCAAAACUCGCUUAACGAAUGUCCUGUAAAUGGUCAGAAAUGGCUUUAGUCAUCUGAUGUAGUGCUGAGUGGUUGAUAGAGUAAAUUAAGGAGAAUUAUACAUGCGUGUUUACAUACGGUGAUUCCAGUCAUUGGAACACCUUUCCUAGGUUGUCCUUAUGUCAGAUAACUGUACUCCGAACAUGUUUUUAAAUCUGUAUUAUGGAUGUUUUCAUCUUGAAAGUGCCAAGAACAGCUCCUACGAACCCGAAACUGCCCAGAGAUUUUCAACAGCAGCCAAAAAAUAUAUAUAAAUAUAUAUAUAUAUAUAUAUUUAUCACUUCUGAUCCAUCGAUCCCAUCCGCCAGUCGGACAUCGCCCAUUGUCCGCAGAUCAGCUGUAUUUGUUGCAUGAGGUGUCAUGUCGAACCGCGUAUUUAAUCGGUGAUAGCAGGAAUGAGCCGAGCCCUCCUCUAGCUGGCCUCGAAAGGUUCCGUGAAUGUUGUGCUUUCUAAGACGGUGUUCGGUCUCGUGAAGAAGGAUUCGCAGAGAAAACCAACCUUCUUCCUAUACCGAUUAUUUAUUUUUUUUCCUUUUCUUUUCUUUUUCUUUCCUAACAUGCGUGCCAGUCUUUUUUUAUUAGACUAAUAAUUUGUUGUAAAGGUGGACCUUCCUGUUUAACUGUAUAUAAACAUCUGGAGAGAGGGGUGGUGGGGGGGGGGGGGGAGUAAAAGUAAAAGCUGAACUGUUUUUCAGUAAUGUGAUGUAAGAGGAGUGUGUGUGUGUGUGUGUGUGUGUGUGUGUGUGGUAGAGUUUGUGCUGUGACCAAAUGUGCUUUUUUUGUGUGUGUGUAGUUGCCACUGCAGGAACCUACGAGGAAGCCCGAAAGCGUAUGUGCUUGCUCUGCAGAAUUGUUCCUUUGACGUCACAAAACUAACAGCAUUGGUUUUAGGCCAUUAACAACCUGCGUGCGCACACACACGCCGCAGACGAAUCAUUUAAAACACACAGCCAUUCGCUCCUUUUUCUUCUUCUUUUCUUUUUUCUUUUACCUCCCAAGUGUACUGAAUGGCCUUUCCUGGUAGGACUAUUAACCAUCCUCUUACUGUAGUGAAUACAAAAGGAAACGAGCGGCUCUUUUUAAAUCGCGCUUUCGCUCCUCGGUACUGUUUCAAAAUGGUUUAUUAAGGCUGCGUUCACAUUACAACCCAGAUUACGCAAUUCCAUUUUUUUUCAGGGUCAGAUAGGAUUCGCGUGUCAUGACGGUUCACAUUCAUAAUUUGUAAAACACAUCAUAUUUAUGCGACCUCUCGUUUAUUUCAAACAACGGAUGUGAUUUUAGCAAUAAAUAUUCUUGGAAUAUUGUUUUGGAGGACGGCAACCAGUUAGUCGACUGCAUUUGUUGAGGAAGGAAGAAAGUCAGACGCCUCAUUUAGCUGUUUCAGUAUAGCGCUGCUAUAAUGUUCUCGUCCUGCCGGCACACACACACACACACACAGGCAAAAAGUCCCACAAACUUCCCAUCUGCCCGUUCCUCAUUCAGGUCACAUGAUCACAUAUGGGAUUUUUAUUUGAUCCAGAACCUAAAAAAAAACGGCCUCAGAUCUAAAAUGAAUGACAUCUGAUUUGUGUGUUCAGACAAAAAAAAAAAUCUGAUUUUAGUAAUUUACUCGUCAGUACUGGAGGGUCACGGGGGGCCUGGAGCCUAUCCCUGGAGACUAAGGGCACGAGGUGGGGUACACACUGGCUGGAGUGGCAAUCCAUCCCAGGGCAGAUCUUUGUCACAUUUGGGUAAAAAACUGAUUUGAGUCACUUCAAGGGUGGCACAUUGGCGUCAUGGUUAGCAUUGUUGCCUCGCACCUUCACGGUUCGGGUUCGGGUUCGAUUGCCGCCUUGGGGUCAGGGAUGGCUGAGUGGUUAAGGCUUUGGACUAUGGUUCAGAUGGUCCCAGGUUCAAACCCCACAACCCUCAACCCUCAACUGCUCAGAUGUAUAAUUGGCGUUCCCAAAAUGGUCCGUAGUGUGUGUGUGUGCCCUGCUAUAGACUGGGUGUACAAAAGUGCCCAAAGUCUCCUGGGAUAGCCUCCAGGCCUCCAGUGACCCUAUAUAAUAGAAGAUGAAUAAGGGAGUCACUUCAGGCUGGUGUGUAGUCUGGUCGGUAGACAACUGUGUAGUCU